AUGUAUCUCGCCGCUAAGGAGCUGCGUAAGCAAAAGAAAACUGGUCGUCGCGCCAAAACAAACAAUUACUUGCUUAUGAGAAACGUAAACGGAAGAUUUGAAAGGGAUUUCGACAAUAUGGUAAAGACGCCAACAGUUUUCUUUGAAAACUUUCAUAUGUCGGUCAGCAACUUUGAGGAUUUGUUCCUCAGAAAUUUCCGUCUGGAUGCAAUACCACUGGAAGCAAAAUUGGCCCUUACCCUUGAGUACCUCGCUUGCGGAACCUUUCAACGUCAUGUGGCCUCUUGCUACCACAUAAGUAAGCAACAUGUGGGUGUUACAAUUCCAGAAGUUUGCGAUGCUAUAUGUGUGGCGUUGUCUGGUGAAAUCGAGGCAUGGGAUGUAGAAGCAAUGAAAAGAAGAGCUCAGGAGUUUCAAGGACUAUGGCAAUUUCCAAAUUGUAUUGGGGCUAUAGAUGGCAAGCAUGUUGCCAUAAAAGCUCCACCUCAUUGUGGUAGUGCUUUUUAUAAUUAUAAGGGCUUUCAUUCAAUAAUAUUAUUAGCAAUAUGCGACGCAUCCUGCAGAUUUACGUUUAUAGACGUUGGUGCAUAUAAAAGCGAAGGCGACAUGAAGGCAUUCUCAAAGUCUUGGAUUGGAAGGGAGCUACUUGAGGGUGGCAUGGAGUUUCCUGAAGACAACAUGCUCGGUGGAGUUCGGACUCCGUAUUUCUUGGUUGCAGAUGAUGCUUUUCUUGGUUGCUUGAUGCUUUUUCCGAAAUUGCUGCUGAAGAGCAUUCAGGUGUUGCCAGCGGUUAAUAAUGGACGUGGUACCCCCUUAUCUCGGGUUCAACCGUGGCGAGAAAUGGGCCUCCUACAAGAAAGUGCCCGGGUGUAA